AUCUAAAACGAGGAAACAUAAAGGGAAAGAGGCAGAACAGCGGAAGAAGACAGGAGGCCGCAGAGUUUGGCACGCCAGAGCCGGGAAAGAUGCAGAUCUUCGUCAAAACUCUCACGGGGAAGACUAUCACUCUCGAGGUAGAGUCAAGCGAUACGAUCGACAAUGUCAAGGCUAAGAUUCAGGACAAGGAAGGAAUCCCACCUGAUCAGCAAAGGUUGAUUUUUGCUGGAAAGCAGUUGGAGGAUGGCCGCACUCUUGCAGACUACAAUAUCCAGAAAGAGUCCACUCUGCAUCUGGUGCUGAGGCUGCGUGGUGGAAUUAUUGAGCCUUCUUUGAUGGCAUUGGCUAGGAAGUACAAUCAAGACAAGAUGAUCUGCCGCAAGUGUUAUGCUCGCUUGCAUCCCCGUGCUGUAAACUGCCGUAAAAAGAAGUGUGGGCACAGUAAUCAGUUGAGGCCAAAGAAGAAGAUCAAGUAGAUUCUGAGCCUUAGUAAGUUUCAACUUUACAUUGGAUGGCUUUUAAAGCCCUUCAAACAUAGAACUAAGGAUGCUCAUUUAUUAUUGUUGUCAGCUUUUGCUUUAUGGUUUUGUUAUCCUGAAGAUUGAAUGAAUUUUGGCACACUAAUUAUUAGCAAUGUUUCAUAUUUCAACGUUUAA